GUGAGAGGAAGGAAGGAGGAGAAAGGGAAGGAAAGAAGGAAGGCAGGAGGAGAAAGAGAAAGGAGGGAGGGAGGGUGAGAGGAAGGAAGGAAGGACCGGGAAACUCUCCAACUUGAGCCGGAGAGCAGCUCCGGAGCGCCGACCAGGAAGUCGGGGCGCCGUCGCGGGCCAGAAGGAAGCGGCGCCCGAAGAAGAAGAAGAGAAAGCAAAAGCCGCCGCCGCCGCCUCCUCCUCCUUCUCCGCCUCCUCCUCCGCCUUUUCCCGGCUGGCGCCUGCCUCGCCUCGCCUCGCCUCACCAGCCCGCCCGCCCGCCGGCUCCCUCGGCUCCGCCGCUGCCAUGGCCCAGGAGAACGGCGAGGAGCGCAUCGGCUCGUCCUGGAAGAAGUCCGCCGACGACAUCGGCCGCAUCUUCGAGUUCAAGGAGACGCUGGGCACUGGCGCAUUUUCUGAAGUUGUCCUGGCCGAAAACAGGAGCAGUGGAAAACUGUUUGCAGUGAAAUGCAUCCCAAAGAAGGCCCUGAAAGGGAAGGAAAGCAGCAUAGAGAAUGAAAUCGCUGUUCUUCGAAAGAUCAAGCAUGAAAAUAUUGUGGCCCUGGAAGACAUUUAUGAGAGUUCAAGCCAUUUGUAUCUGGUUAUGCAACUGGUGUCUGGAGGUGAGCUAUUUGACCGCAUCGUGGAGAAAGGAUUUUAUACUGAAAAGGAUGCAAGUACUCUGAUACGACAAGUCUUGGACGCUGUCUACUAUCUUCACCGGAUGGGCAUUGUUCACAGAGAUCUCAAGCCUGAAAACCUUUUGUACUACAGCCAGGAUGAAGACUCUAAAAUCAUGAUCAGUGAUUUCGGAUUGUCCAAAAUGGAGGGGAAAGGGGAUGUCAUGUCCACUGCCUGUGGUACCCCUGGAUACGUUGCUCCUGAAGUGCUUGCCCAGAAACCAUACAGCAAAGCGGUGGACUGCUGGUCUAUUGGAGUGAUUGCGUAUAUUCUGCUCUGCGGCUACCCUCCGUUCUAUGACGAAAACGACUCCAAGCUGUUUGAGCAAAUUCUGAAAGCAGAAUAUGAAUUUGACUCUCCCUAUUGGGAUGAUAUCUCUGAAUCUGCUAAAGAUUUUAUUCGGAACUUGAUGGAGAAAGACCCCAAUAAAAGAUAUACCUGUGAACAGGCAGCCCGACAUCCAUGGAUCGCCGGUGACACAGCCCUCAGCAAAAAUAUCCACGAGUCCGUCAGCGCUCAGAUUCGCAAGAACUUUGCAAAAAGCAAAUGGAGACAAGCUUUUAACGCCACAGCCGUGGUUAGACACAUGCGACGGUUACAUCUUGGCAAUAGCUUGGACAGCGGUUCAAACAUUAGCGUAUCAAACAACCUUAGUCUGGCCAACCCACUCCCGGAUGGCACAUCCAGAAAAGAGUGUAUGAACUCAUCUGCUCUCUGCAGUUUUGCUUCUUCAGCUUCAACUGGCAUUUCUGCUGUGGGAGAGAAGAGGCCCAGACAGACCACGAUAACCACAACCACAAUACACACAGGGACCAAGUGAUCCAGGUCACCCCCGUGAUCCCACCCACAGGGAAGUUGUCAGAGAUGGGAGAAAAAAUCCCCAGUGCCCAAACAGGCAGGAAAUGGAAACCUUCUCCCAGGUGAUUUCAUCCUGCAUUACAAAACACAUCGAAGCAUAGAGGAAUAGAAGGAUUUAAACACACACACACACACAAAAUAAAUGGCCAUGUUUUAUACCACGAUUCAGAAAAGUGGCAUUCAUCAUGAAUGGCAGUGACCUCGGGAGGAUGGAAAGGCGAGUGGCACCUGAUUCUGGCUCCAGGAAUCCAAAAUGUUCUGACUCAGUUGGACCUGUGUUGGUUCCUCAAUGAUUUAACUCUGUUCACACAGCGAUGAUAUCCAUGCCUGCUUUGGUUUUCCUUAACAAAAUAGCGCAACUGGAUUAUUUAGAGUAA